UUGUCGUUCGCGUGAAUGAGAAGCGCUAUAUGGACGAGGCCCUCAUGCUCAGUUGGAUUAAGACCGUCUAUAAUCGGCGACCCGGCGCACUCCUGCGGUGUCCGAGCCUGCUCACCUUGGAUACCGCAAGUGUGAAGCAGGCACUCCGCGACGGGAGGACGGAACUCGCCGUUAUUCCGGGAAACAUGACCUCAACACUUCAGCCACUGGACGUCGUGUUCAACAAGCCCUUUAAAGACCGUGUCCGUGAACAAUAUAAUCAGUGGAUGGCCGGCGACAACCCCAACCGGCCGGCUGCGCAGGCCGCCUCUCGCCACUGUGGCCACAUGGGUGUCGCAGGCUUGGCGCUCGCUGCCCGACGAUAUGGUGGUGCGGGCAUUCAAGAAGUGUUGCAUUAGCAACUCCUUGGACGGCACCGAAGAUGACAUGUUGCGGGACGCAGCCAGCGAAAAGCAGUCGUCUUCGUACGAGAGUUCAGACAGCUCAGACGAAUGAACAGACCAUGUUUUUGACUCUACAAGCACCAACCUUGAAGUUUAUGAAAAGUACUGCCACCCAAUUGUGGAGUCAGUUAUGCUAGGCUUCAAUGGAACCAUCUUUGCCUUUGGUCAAACGUCUUCUGGCAAGACGUACACAAUGAUGGGAAACAGCAGCCAGCCUGGCCUUAUCCCCCUUGCCAUAAAUGCUAUCUUCGACAUCAUCCAAAAUGAGCCAGAACGGGAGUUUUUAUUACGAGUCUCCUACAUGGAAAUCUACAACGAAAAUAUUCUAGACCUCUUGGACAACGGUGACGAAAAGCACCUGCAGAUUAGAGACAAUGUGGAUGGCCAGCCUGUCAUUGUGGAUUUGACUGAAGUUCCUGUUGGCUCCAAGGAAGAAAUUGAGUCUGCAAUGAACAAUGGCGAACGUCGUCGCCACGUGGCCAACACUGAAGCAAAUCAGAGGAGUUCCCGGUCCCAUUCAAUAUUCAGAAUGGUGAUUGAAAGCAGUUUCAGGGAUGGAACAGAUGGGGCCGUCGCCAUUGGCCAGUUGAAUUUAGUAGACCUUGCAGGGUCAGAACGCACAGAGCAGUGUGGGGACUUAGGAGAACGUUUUCGAGAGAGCACUCGCAUCAACCUCUCUCUCACAUUCCUCACGCAAGUCAUUUCCAAGCUCAGCCGAGGAGAAAGGGGUCACAUCAACUUCAGGGACUCCAAACUGACUCGCAUUCUUAGGAACUCGCUGGGUGGUAAUGCACUUACUGCCAUUGUGUGCACAGUCAACCCAUGCUGCUUGGAGCAGACACUUCGCACUCUACAGUUUGCCAGCUCUGCAAAGAAGAUACAGAACACUCCCAAGGUGAAUGAGAUUGUGACCAAUGAUGCUCAGAUCCGCCGCUAUCACAUGCAAAUUGAAGAACUCAAGGGUAAAGUGAGGGACUUGGAAGGAAGUACGCUGACUAAGACUCUGCAGGAGAAAAACAGCCAGAUUGACGAGCUCAAGAACCAGGUUCGGUCGUUGGAAAAGAAGCUGCUUGUCUCCACCCUCCCACAGUGCCGGAAGCAGCGUCGGGAGACAUGGGCUGCUCCAAGGAGUAUAGAUAGCCCACCUGGAGCCCCGCAGCCCCCUCUGCCCUUUUUCAGAGCUUUGCCAGCUAGCAAAGCUGUGGAAAGUCCGGAGGUGAUUGAAGAGCGGGGUCGGCUAUCAACUGUCAUGGAAGAAAGCGAGUCAUCGUUUCACGCCAUUUCCCAUGAGGCCUUUGAAAAGCAACUUCAGAGAGAAGAGAGAGAGAGAAGGUCAGCUCUUCACUCAAAGGACAACACGCUGGGCUCUCCGAGUGCUUGCAGCAACACCGCUUGUGCUGAAAGGAUUGCACUCCUGGAGAAUGAGCUCAGCAUUGUGAGAAAAAAAUAUGAAGAGCUAAAAGAAAUGACUAGACUGGGACGUUUAAUGUGCACAACAUCUCGACGGCCCGCUUCAUCAGACAAGCUAGGUGAAACAGAAAGUGCAGUUGAAGGACAGUUGGGAAGACCGGAGCUUACAGAUGCAGCAGUCUCUUGCCACCUCUACUUCGAACAGCUUGUUGAAUGCCAUGUUCAGACUGAGCCUUUUGCAACAGUAUGCAGUGCCAUGGAGGUGGCCAAGCAGGAGGCAGAAUGUGUGUUUACUGGUGUUGGCAAUCAGGUGUCUCCUGUUAAGAUUUGUUCUGUACAAAGUUGUGGUGUUCAAACCUUUGUGGAUGCAAAGGACCAUGAAUCGCAAGUGAACACAUCUUUGGCUGACAACUACAGAGCAGAUUUCGGAACCCAGGCAGUGAUGGCGAUGCCAAGCGGCAUUUGCUGUGGUGUUCAAGCCAUUCCAGACGUUGAGGACUAUGCUUCACAAGUGGAUGGGCAAUUUACCAGGAAUGGAGCAACAGACUGUGCUGUGCAGUGCGAGUUGCUAGCACCAGAUGAUGACAUAAAAACACCAGCUCCUAAUGCUGUAGAUUGUGAAGUGCAGGCCACAUUACUGGUACAAGAGUGCGCAACACAGACAGAACAGUGCCUUUUGCAUUGUGAUCUCAGAGAUAGCGAUGUGCAGGUUUCACCAUCUAUGCGAGACAGUGCGGUGCAAGUUGAACAACCUUCUAGAAGCAACAUGCUGCACUAUAAUGUGCAGACUACAUCGUGGUCCAUUUGUGAUAGCUCUACACAACCAGAGUGCCAAGUCCCUCGAGCUGUAGGAGUUACCUGUGAGGUGCAAGCUGUUCCAGUGACGAGAAGCUGUGCAUCACAGGUGAAUGCAUCCCUGACGUCGCAGGUCACACCUGUUUUGAAACCGGCUACUACUCCUUUUGCCACAGGUGGCAGUAGCCAGUUCAGGAUGUUCUCCGUCAAAAGCAUUCUAGCAGAUAGGCCUAAAAAUUCGAUGCCUUUAGAUGCUUCGGCAUCCAAUUCAGCAAGUGGAAGCGCAAUACGUCAGCAGUUCGGCUAUCCUGGCGGUGAUAUCCUGGCGGCUCUCCAGGCCAGUCAGCGUAAAUUUAACAAAGAUCGGGAAGGCGGUGAGUUGUCAUCAUCUGGUCACCAAAAGGUUGUAGACCCGACCGCUCCAGCACAGUUAACUCCAGUCUUGGGAAGGAAAACCUGGCUUCAACAAAGUAAAAUGGUCAGCGUAUCUGUUGCUGUCCAGGUAGACAUCUGGAGUGUGCAAGAAAUGCAAGAACUUCAUCAGGAAAGGAGGAGCAUGCAGCUUCGCAUGGAAAAAUACAAAAAAGCAAAUCAAGAGUGGGCGUCCCAGUACAAGCUUCGGGAGAAGGCUUCCAAGAAACGAGAGAUGGAGCUUAACGCUAUAAUUUGCCAGCUGACAAAUGAGGAUGCUGAAACCUCAGUAGUGGCUGCCUGUGGAAGUCGGGUUGCAGCAGUAACUUCGGCAGGAGGCGAGGCCCUCCGGAAACCAGGGGUGCCAGCCAAGCCACUGGCCACCGAGUCAUCCGCAUCUCUGGCUCAGCAGCUCAAGGCCAUGACUCCCCGUUCACGGGAGGGCGCACGACUCGUCUACUUUGGUCGGGGUCUGAAGGAGGUGCAGGCCGCACAGCUAAGGGCCUCCGCUGCCUCCAAAACCGAACAGCUGGCAUCUGCAGAGAGGAGGCACCGGGCCUGGGCCGAGCUAAGUUCACGUACGGGAAAUGCUGAGCCAGGAAGCCCGUUAAAGGACGCCAACCAGAAGAGUCGCAGUUCUGCAGAAACUCCCAAAGAGGAAGUACUGGACGAAAUGGCGUUUUGGCCACCAAUGAAAUUUUUAAUGGACGACGAUGAGAAUGAAGACUCAGAUGAAGACUCACCAUAGUGAUUGUAGUUGCCCUGUACAAAGGGUGUACUUACCCUGCUGGUACCUGCGUGAUUUUAAUUAGUUUUGGCUUUUGACUUCUGAAUUCAGAUGACAUUUAUUAAAUGUGACUUGUAUCAAAAGUUUUUCGACUACUGUUCAUGACAAGAACUUCUGCUAGGCUGUAUGGCAAGGUAUUCCUCGUGCACCAAGCCCUGCAAAAUGGGCAAAAGACUCCUUUCUGUCAAGAAUUCAUUGACAUAAGCGUUGAGGUACACUGUAGUACUUCAAAAGCACAGAGCAAGAAUUAUUCAGGAGGUGAAACAGUCCUUCUCCUUGCAACUCAAUACGGUCACUGUGCAGGUUGUGGCGCAAUGGUUCCCUCUCUUGUACGCCUUUCACAGUAAAAAGGAUAAGAUGUGAAGAGCAUGUGCUGAUUAAAGGUCAUUCUGGCGCUCGCCACUUUUGAGACAAAAGAGGUGCUUUCUUAAUACGAGUUGUAAAGCAACAAAAGGCAUGAUUUCUUUUUUUUAUUUCGAAGGCCAGUAUUGGUCGGAGCACCUUCACUUCUUAUUUUUGCAAGAAUACAUAUAUCUUACAGUGGCACGUUAGCUGGAAAACGCAGUACAUCUGGCAUCUUCCACGACUUUUUGCAGAUCAGUGCAUUAAGAACUAUGUAUUUUUGGUCAAGACAAUGUCUUGUUCUCUUGCAAACUUAUCUAACAAGCCUAUGUGAGGUGAUGAAUCAAAUGUCUGUGGUCCAAUUUGUGCACGUACAUUUGCGAUAGCAGAGUUACAGAAGCUGUACCAUCUGGUGUCAUGGUUGGCUACUUCACUGCUACUGGUGCUUGCACUCAAAGGGUUCCAACCAAGAAUAAAAGAACUGCUGUCCACGAACUCUAGAAAACAUCGGAGGUGACAGGAUGCACCAUCGAUUUUCUACAGGUCUCCACCUUACCGCUCGCCGUAGUACUGCUUUCUCUGUAUAUAUAAAUUUAUUGUUGCGACCAUA